CCAGCAGCUGUCAUUUGGCAGAUGACACUGAAACGCAGAGAGGCUGUUCUCGCUGCUGUUGGAGACUGAAGUGUGGUGUGGACUGCCUGUCUAGGAGUCUAUCCUGAGAUUUUGUCCCAGGCGUGUCCCUGGCCUCGCCUGGCAUGGAGGACAGUCUCACAAGGCCUUCGAGCCCAGCAGGGCUCUCCUGUUACAUGGCAGUUUCUCAGCUGUUAGGUUUGACUGUGAUUGCCAUGACCGGAGCCUGGAUGGGCCAGUACCGGGGCGGUAUUGCUUGGGAAAGCGCGCUGCAGUUCAACGUCCACCCUCUCUGCAUGGUCAUUGGCAUGGUCUUCCUCCAAGGGGAUGCUCUCCUGGUUUACCGGGUCUUCAGGAACGAGACCAAGCGCUCGGCCAAAAUCCUCCACGGGCUCCUCCACGCCUUUGCGCUGGUCAUCGCCCUUGUGGGUGUGAUAGCCGUGUUCGAUUACCACAGGAAGAAAGGCUUUGCAGACAUGUACAGCCUGCACAGCUGGUGUGGAAUAGCAGCCUUCAGCCUCUACUUCAUCCAGUGGCUCAUGGGCUUCAGUUUCUUCCUGUUUCCUGGAGCAUCCUUCUCACUCCGCAGCAGAUACAAACCACAGCACGUCUUCUUUGGCGUCUUCCUCCUCGUUCUCUCCAUCGCCACGUGCCUGCUGGGCAUCAAGGAGCUGCUCCUCUUCAGUAUCCAGGCUACCUACAGCUCGUUCGUGCCGGAAGGGAUCCUGGCCAACGUCCUGGGCCUGCUGCUGAUCGGCUUUGGGCUGGUGAUCGGCUACAUCCUGACACGGGACGAGUGGAAGCGGCCGCCCCUGGCUGAGGAGCUGGCCCUGUCCAUGGAUUUUAAAACCCUCACUAAGGGGGAGAGCCCCAGCAGCAGCCAGUGAUGGCUCCCUGCGCUGUGGGGCUCCCCCCAGAGGCAGGGCUGGGGUGGACUUCAUGGUCGCUGCUCACCCUGCAUGUACUAGCCCCUCCGGUGUCUGUUGCUGGUGUGUUGGUGUUGCUGUGAUCUCUCUGCCAUGUGCUGGUUGUUACAUGUACAGCUGGUGUGGGGGGGGGCCUCUGCUUUAACCCCUUGUCUGCAGGGGAGCUGUGUGCUAAGGCAGCAGCUUGGAGCCCCAUCCUGGUAAUAGGCAUCAUGUUGCUCUGGGACGAGCCACGUUCUCCCACUGAGCCCUUAUACCAGCCAUGGCCACUUCCCUGCCACCCAAAUCAUGGGGGAUGGGCUUUGUAUGUGGCAGGCGCAGGGGCAUUCCCAGUUGGCUGAGCUGCUGUGCGGGGGAGAGGUUUGGAUCCCUCACCCCUCAAGCAACAGGAUGGCCGCAUUUCCAUUUCCCAGCCUGCCUGGCUAGUUAGCAUGAGGCCCACUAACUCAAGUGCGGAUGAAGGUCAGGGCCUGGCUCGCUCCUUGGGCUGCCUGAAGAUUUCUCCCUCCUGGAGUUCAUGCAGGCUGCUAAGCGGUGUGUUGAACACCAUGCUCCAUGGCAGCCAAACCCCGUUCUCUAGGAGCCUUGUUUUAAACCCUCCCUCACUUGCAUGCAAAGCUUUGUGUGUGUCGCGGGCUAGGGUAUUUUUAAUGACAGCAGCACCUCUCUCUGAUCAGUCAGUGGGUGGGGGUGUGUACAUGUGCUGCUGUCUGCUGUAGGUAAGAUAACCUGCCCUGGCCCUUAAACAGCAGUGUCCUUAGAACUCCUCAUCCCUGCUACCUCUCGUUCCUGACAGGGGCUGCCCUGUGGGCUCUUGCUAGCAGCUCCAUUCUGCUUACAGGUGGUGCUCCAGCCAGCUGACAGUGAGCAGAGUAGAAAUGCAGGUUGGUAAGGUCUAGUGAUGGGGUGGGCAGUGAAUUUGUUUUAACAUUAAAGGCCUAGUUUCCCCCAGCUCUCAGUGCAGGGGGCACAGUCCCUGUCUGCACGAGUGACCCAUGACAGCUGCCAGGGGCUUUUCUUUACAUCAAAACUUUCCCAUCUGUUUGCUCUUCUCUGUAAUGAGAUGCAAGACUGCAGGUGUUGCCAGGCAUUGCUGGUGCCUAGUGAUACUGCAGCAAAGACUUUUGCAUUGAUCACCUGUUAAAUAUUCCCUUCAUGCAUGACUGAUCAGGGACUAGCCUGCCCCCCCUCCCAGUGCAGCUUUGUAUGCAGAGCAAGGCAGGCUCUGCUGCUGCGGGUUGAACUGUGCAUGGGGGCGAGGUUAGCAGACUAACCCUGUUUCCAUGGGGCUGCUUGAGAGCCUUCUAGCCAUGCUUUCCUCAAAGAGUGGUUAAGCACCCCCCUCUCCCCAUGCUGACGGGUAAUAGAGCACACCUGUGUCCCAGGUGGUCCAGGAUGCUGUUGUGUGAUAACAGCUGUACCCUGGCCAACUUGUUUGUAAUCCCAUCUCUUCAUUAUACAACAUGGGUGUUCAAAGGGAGACAUGGCCCCCUUAGCCACAGUGCAACUCCCCAGGUGGCCACAGAGCACAGGCUGAAAACGGCUCCUGUUUCAGGGGGUCUGCCAAGCAGCAUCGGCAUUAGAGCCCUAAGCAGAAAAAGCCAAAGUUGUCCCCACAGGAAUGAAAGGGAUGGGGCAGGGCCCUGGCUUUUAUAUGCAGAAAAACAA